GAGGCAAGACUCGCUAUUCAUGGAUAAAAAUCCGAGGGAACCGGAGGGGCGAAAAGUUUGACUAAACGAUAUGUGGACGGACGAGUAGGCCCUGCAACGAAGCUCGCCGACGUCUUCUUUUCUUUUCUUUUCUUUUGUUUGCGCAGGUGAUUUCUGACCGUGCUGCUUCUUGUAUAAAGGUGAAGAAGAGGAGGAGGGAGGCUUGAAGCGCCAGAACUCAGAAGGAACGGUGGCGCUUUGAGGGAAGAGGAGCCGAGAGAAAGACACUCUCUCUCCAGCACAGAUAGCCGCACCCGACCGACACGCCAGCCUCUCUCUCCCCUUUCUCCCUCCCGCUCUCUCGCUCUUCCCCAGCCCUGCUAUAGCAUGGCCAGAUCUAGUAAAGCUGCGCUGGCUCUUCUCAUCUACGGGAUCUUAAUGCACUCCAGCGCCUACUGCACUCCUUUGGGGAUCACUUUCCCUAACAUGAGACUAGAAAGCGACGUGUUCGAUGAGGAUGGGAACUCUCUGGGGGAUCUCGCCUUUGACUCAGAGCCGUUGUCCAUCCGCAGUUCUCCGCCCCUCUCGGACGACAUGUACACACUGUACUACCCGCCAGAAAAGAGAGCGGAAAGGCAUGCAGAUGCAGAUGGAUUAUUAGAUAGAGCCUUGAGGGACAUCCUGGUUCAGUUAUCAGCACGAAAAUAUCUGCAUUCUCUGAUGGCAGUGCGUGUAGGUGAUGAGGAUGAAGAAGAACCAUUAUCCAAGCGUCACUCUGACGGGAUCUUCACGGACAGCUACAGCCGCUAUCGAAAGCAAAUGGCCGUCAAGAAAUAUCUGGCCGCAGUUCUGGGCAGAAGGUACAGACAAAGAUUUAGAAACAAAGGACGCCGGUUUGCUUAUUUGUAGCGUCCAUAGAGGAAAAAAAUCCCCUCCUCCUUCAAAAAAAACUUGCCCCCCAACUACCACCACCACCACUACCUGCCCACCCACCCUUAUGUACAUUGAAGCCCAAAGCCACUCCAACAACAUAGCCGACUAAAUCCAGUGCAUCCAGUGCGCCUGUGUUUCUUUAAACAUGUACUUAUGUAUGAAGUAAAGCCAUUAAAUGAUUAUUUUACUAAGAA